AUGCCAACAAAACGUGGUAAGGCUAAUGGGUCACCUGAAAAGGUGCCCAUGCAGUCUAGUACUAAGCGCACGCGCCGCGAUGAUUCGCAGCCGUCGCAAAGUACCCCAGGCGCUAGGAGCAACCUUUCAUCUCACAAUAGUGUGGAUGAUGAACUGUCUGUCAGUGUGGACUACAAUGAUACCACGCCACUGCCAUCACCGCAAAGUGGUGAUGUGCAAAGUGCGUUGAUGGGAUACAUGUCGCCACCACUUGAGGCACCCAACCUUGAGGGAGCUUCCAUGCUUCCUGCAAGUGAAUUCCAUGCCGCGUCGCCUGCGUCUACGAGCGCAGCGAAUAUUUCUGAGCGCGCUAACUCUUAA